AUGGUCAGGUUGCAAGCUGCAACAGUAUCUAACAAAGUGGUGCGCAAACGAAAGAGAAAGAGCCAGGAUGAGCAAGAUCAAGUAGGACCCGACCCCGAGGGUACCCAGGAUUCAACUACAAGUACCACAACAGUCCCGACCAAAACACAAGAUGGAGGCAAGAAACCAAGGCGGACGCCCAAAGCCAAAGGUGCAGCACCGAGUCUGUCCAGAAAAGGAUCUUCUAUGGUAGAGACGACCAUACCCUGGCCUGACGAGUUCACGAAGCUGUCUCAAGUCCAUCGAGCCCUAAAUCUGGUCUACACUUUCUGCUGUACGCGCAAGCAUCUGGCUACCACUUUUGAGACGAUAAAGACCACCGUCGAGUCACACAUUGGCCGCGGAUUGUCCAUACAAGAUGUCGCCAAGAUCAAGGCCCUUAUACCGCGAUCCAUCAACUUCGCCUACAUUGAUGAAGAUCUGUUGCAGGUGAAUCUCAUGGGCGAGCAGGAGAAUUCCAAGAACAAGAGGUAUGAAGGUUACAUGGCUUCAGAACCAACAGAAGACAAGCAAGAGAAAGGAAACAAAGAGGUUUUGUUGUUCGAAUACAUCGAUGGAGAUCUGAAGCGUCAAGUACAGCAUACCAAGACUGGAGAGCCCACAAAGGCUGCACGGAAGCUGAAAGACGAGGACCUCAAGAUGCCCGUCUACAGUCAGAAGCAGAUGAUGAAUCUGAUCGAGAAGAGAAACAACAAGUUCACCUCUGCAGUAAAUGCCUGGCUGAACGAGUGUGAUGCAGAGGGUGUGGACCCGGUAGAGAAACUGGACAUCGAGCACAAUUUGAACAUACCCGCGCCGUCGGAAAGCAGAGGCAACACGCCCACUCCCGAAAAACGAAGAGCGCUGCUGCCAAAAUCUAUUCCGGACGAACGCAAGACUAUCCCUGAAAUCGUGUCCGAGAUCAAGACUCUAGAGUGGUACACUGGUCAGAUAGUUCCGGACGGUCAUCGUGUCUUCGAUCCCCAGCCAGCCAUCUAUGGCGAUCUAAAUUUUGAGUUAUCGCAGACUCUUGUCAAUGCGCUGUACAAUACUCGCGGUAUCACUCAACUGUACGCGCAUCAAGCCGAAGCCAUCAACAACCUGUAUGACGGUCACAACGUCAUCGUAUCGACGUCAACGAGUUCUGGAAAGUCUUUGAUCUACCAGAUACCUGUUCUACAUGAGUUGGAGAAGAACAAUCAAGCCAGAGCCAUGUAUAUCUUCCCUACCAAGGCUCUUGCUCAAGACCAGCGGCGCAGUCUGAAAGACUUGUUACAGUACAUGGACGGGCUGCAAGACCUCGUUGUCGAAACUUUCGAUGGAGACACGCAAAUGUGCGAUCGAAACUUGAUCCGAGAUGAAGGCAGCAUCAUUUUCACCAACCCUGAUAUGUUGCACAUUACGAUCCUGCCACAAGAAGAAGCCUGGAGAACCUUUUUACAGAAUCUACGCUUCGUAGUUGUGGAUGAGUUGCACGUCUACAAUGGACUUUUCGGAGCACAUGUAGCUCUCAUCAUGAGACGCUUGCGCAGGAUCUGUGCUGCUGUUGGCAACCGCCACAUCAAGUUCAUCUCUUGUUCUGCCACUGUCGCAAAUCCUGAAGAGCACAUGAAGACCAUUUUCGGUGUAGAGCAGGUCAAACUCACAGAUUUCGAUGGCUCACCCUCUGGCAGGAAAGAAUUUCUCUGCUGGAAUACACCUUUCAAAGAUCCAGCAGAUCCGACUUCUGGUAGAGGUGACGCUUUGGCGGAAGCUGCGAAGCUCUUCUGUCAACUCAUUCUACGAGGAGUUCGUGUUAUUGCAUUCUGUAGGGUGCGAAAACAGUGCGAAGCGUUGAUUGGCGCUGUCAAGAAUGAGCUGGCAUACCUUGACAAAGCGGAGGUCAUGGCAAGAGUCAUGUCCUAUCGAGGUGGCUACGCUCCUCAAGAUCGACGAAAAAUCGAGAAGGAGAUGUUUGAGGGCAAGCUUGUCGGUAUCGUGGCAACUAGUGCACUGGAGCUGGGCAUUGAUAUCGGAUCUCUCGAUGCAGUUAUGACUUGCGGCUUUCCCUACACAAUCGCCAACCUUCGUCAGCAGAGCGGUCGAGCUGGUCGCAGAAACAAGGACUCGAUGUCUAUACUCGUCGGAGAUGCCUUCCCAACAGAUCAGCACUACAUGCAAAACCCAGACGAGAUCUUCACGAAGCCCAAUUGUCAAUUGCAGGUCGAUUUAGAGAACAUGCUCGUACUCGAAGGACAUGUGCAAUGUGCGGCCAACGAGAUGCCCAUUCGGCCCAAAGAGGAUGAAUUAUACUUUGGCAAACUCUUGACAGACAUUGCAGAGAACAGGAUGAGAAAGGACGAACUUGGCUUCUUCCACACCGCCGAUCGCUUCCUUCCUCGACCUUCGACUUUCGUGGCCAUUCGCGAUACUGAGGAAGAUCACUUCGCCAUUGUUGAUAUUACGCAUGGACGUAACGUCGUACUUGAAGAGCUCGAGGCCUCGCGUGCAUUCUUCACGAUCUACGAAGGAGGCAUAUACUUGCACCAAGGUAACAAGUACCUCGUCAAAGAAAUGUCGACGGAUCGAAUGAUGGCUCGCGUCGAGUUUGUGAGGGUAGAUUGGACAACUCAACAGCGCGACUUCACCGACAUCGACCCCAUCGAGACCGAAGCGAUCCGCAAAAUCUCCAAAUCGUUGUCGCAGGCAUACUAUGGCACCAUCAGAAUCACCCAAGUGGUGUUUGGGUUCUUCAAAGUGGAUCAAAAACGUCGCAUUCUGGAUGCAGUCGAAGUCGACAAUCCUCCCAUUACCAUUUUUAGCAAAGGCAUGUGGCUCGAUGUGCCGCGUAGCGCACUGCAGAUCCUCGAGUCGAGGCGCUUGAACAUGGCAGGAGCCAUCCACGCAGCCGAACACGCUCUACUCUCGCUCAUGCCGAAUUUUGUCAUCAGCAUGCCCGGCGAUGUCAAGACCGAAUGCAAAAACGCACUCAAAGAAUUUCAACAAAAGGAAACCAAUCGUAAACGACCUGCGCGCCUGACAUUCUACGAUGCGAAAGGCGGCGCUGCCGGUUCUGGCAUCAGCACAAAGGCCUUUGAGUUUGUGGAUCGCUUGCUCGUGCAGGCUUGUGAGCGGGUAGGUGCUUGUCACUGCGAUGAAGGAUGUCUCGAAUGUUGUUGCUCAGAGCAAUGCAAAGAAGCAAACUCGGUCAUGAGCAAAGCAGGCGCCGAAGUCAUUCUCAAAUCGCUGUUGAACAGGGAGAUCGAUAUUGAUGCAUUGCCCUGGGGUCCUGAAGAUGAGAAGACACCUGCAGGUAUCGAGACUGUUGUCUUUGCGAAUGAGGUGGCGCCAGCACGGGGCAAAAGAUUUGGAGAUGUCAUCAUCAAGACUGAAAACGGAGAAGCAGAGGAUAUUGUUAUCAUCAAAGAUGAGCCUGAGGAGUAA